AUGGAAGCCUACGACAAUGCCGGUCGCGACGACGGGAAGAGGCGGGCCAAGAUACGAAAGUGUCUGUCGUCCGGGCUGCGUUCUGCCGCCCCCAUCCUUCGAUCCACGUGCAUGAGCGAUGUGACUCUCGAUUGGCCAUUGUCAAGACAAAAGCUUAUAUCGGACGAUGUGUACAGGUUCUUUGCAAAGCACAAUGUCACCCUGCCCAUCUUUGCCUACCGUCCUCGGGCGUCUCUCCUGCACGCGCCAGGUCCCUCUCGGAACCGACUGACGAGCUGGGGCCAUAACGCGCGGGGGGGAUCGACUGCCACGUUUCCUGCCGCUUCCGAAGACAACCGUAUCCGUCAAGGCCAGGGUCGGGACCAGGGCCCGUCGUACUACUACGACGUACACGUCUACGAGCACCACGACGCGCUGACAGCAGCCUGCAAGGCAUCGUCGCCGCCGUCCCGGGGGGGACGGAACGCCCUCGUCCUCUGGACGGACGCCUCGCUCACCUACUUUAGGCGGAGCUCCCAGCUCGCCGCCGCCGCCGCCGCCGUCGUCUUCCGACCGUGGCACCCCUCCACGACGUCUCCCGAGUGGACGCAGCACGCCUUCGGCAUCGCGGGCCACGACAACAGCGUCCGAGCCUGCGAGCUCGUCGCCAUCGAACAGGCGCUCGCCGUCGCCGCCAGGGAGUGGGACGCGCUGCGCUACGACCAGGCCGCGUGCGGCGAGCGGCAGGACGACGCCGACGCGUCGCCUUUCGACGCCGUCAGGAUCUUCUCCGACUGCGAGGCCGCGCUGGUCUACCUUGUCUACGGAUGCGGCGGCGACGGGUCAUCGCUGGCGGCGCGGCUGCGGCAGGGCAUCGACGCGCUGGUGGACGCGCUGGGCGCGAGGGGCGUCGAGGUCGAGAUGAACUGGACGCCGGCCCACGCGGGCGUGGCGGGGAACACGCAGGCCGACAUGGUUGCGCGAGCCACGAGGGUGAGGCUGCCGGGGCCUGCGCGGGCGGCGUCGGGGGACGGUAGGUUGAGGGUAUGGGAGGUGGACGUCGAGCUCCGGGACGAUGACCUAGCGGCGCAGAGAGCCGUAGAGCGCGGGUUGCGGGGUGUUCGUUCCUUCUUAACGUAA